UUGUGUUAGAGGCCGAAAUUCUUGAGACCAAACGGAAAAAUAUACCAGGCAAUCAAUAUAGAUACUCUCAGGGCUCAAAAUUUGGAAACUUGGCCAUUUUUUAAUCAGGUUACAGCAAAUUUAGUGCCUCUAAAUGCAAGAAGGGUGGCUGUUAAAUUUGACUAUUUCAGAAUUGCUGGUCUGAUACCAAUUAAGUCUCCAGGAAGUGGGCGUGGACAGUUGGAAAUUACAUACUUGGAUGAGGAGAUAAGAAUAUCAAGGGGUGAUAGAGGGAACUUGUUCAUUCUGAAGAUGGUAGAUCCAUCUUAUCGAGUCCCUCUCUAGAGCAGCUGCAACAAAGGACAGCAAAACCUUGUUGAGAUGUUCAUCAAUGGGUUUUCAAAUUGUAGACUUCAGAAAAAAGGACUUGUUUCUUGAUAAACUCCAGCAAGUAAGAAGCUACUUAAAUGAAGCUUUGAUCAUCCGGUUUUCAAUUUUUUUUUUUUUACUAAACUAUUUUGAAAUCAAGUUACAUUGAUCCAUAAAGAAGGUUCUCUCAUUGAUUAUUUUUCUAUUCAUAAGGUUUAAAAUCGAAAUCUUAUUUAAGGAUAAUUAAACUUCUUUGACUUCGACUAAUAAAUUGUUAGUAUCAUCGAGAUGACACAGCCAUUUCUCAUUCAUCUUCGUUGAUGGCUCCUUCUUCCCUCUCCUCCCUCUUCCUCUCCCACACCUUCCCGUCCCUAACGCCCAACCGCCACUCUCUCUCCCGGCGGAGCACCCUCCCUCCACUCCCUCAAACUCUCGCCUUCUCCACAAAGUCAACGGAGAGCGAUAACCUCACUACCGCCCCUCCUCCACCGCCCGAGGAAACUUCUUCUUCUUCCCCUUCAUCGGAGAGAAAGUCUUUUUCCGUCGCUACGGGGGAGCUAUUCUUGGGAAUCACAAUGAGAUUGCUAAAAACUAGUAAUAAAGGGUUCUCCGUCUCCCAGAAUUCUGGGCCAAUUCCUGUUCUGGAGAUACCUAGGCAGAAAAGCAGGAAUGGUCGGAGUGGUCGAAGCAAUGGGAGAUAUGAUGAGGAGAGAAUCGGGGUUGUGAUGGAGGAUGAGAUAGAGCCGGAUGUUGUUAUCUGGGAACAGAGAGUUAAGGAUAUAGAGGCUGAGAAGGAGAAGAGAGUGGUGACAAGCCCUGGGUUCAGUUUUUCUGCUGCUGGUCUUUUGUUUCCUUAUCAUCUUGGGGUUGCUCAAUACCUCAUUGAGAAGGGUUACAUUAAGGAAACAACACCGCUGGCUGGUUCAUCAGCUGGUGCCAUCGUCUGUGCAGUGAUUGCUUCUGGUGCUACCAUGCAGGAUGCCCUAGAAGUGACUAAAACCCUGGCUGAAGAUUGUCGGCUUAGAGGAACUGCAUUCCGGCUUGGGGGUGUACUUCGAGACGUUCUUCAAAACUUUCUGCCUGAUGAUGUUCAUACGAGGUCCAAUGGGAGGGUUCGUGUUGCUGUAACUCAGAUUCUCUGGAAGCCAAGGGGUUUACUAGUUGAUCAGUUUGACUCCAAGGAAGAUCUCAUCAAUGCAGUCAUCACAUCAUCAUUCAUUCCAGGCUACCUUGCGCCAAGGCCAGCAACAAUAUACCGGAAUCGACUCUGCAUUGAUGGGGGUUUGACACUCUUUAUGCCACCAACAUCUGCUACUAAGACGGUCCGAGUUUGUGCCUUCCCAGCCACUAGAAUGGGACUGGAGGGGAUUGGAAUUAGUCCAGACUGCAAUCCUGAAAACAUCGCUACCCCUAGAGAGCUUUUCAAUUGGGCUCUGGAGCCAGCAGAGGAUCACAUUCUUGAUAGAUUUUUCGAGCUAGGAUAUCUAGAUGCAGCAGUGUGGGCUGCUGAGAACCCAGUUGACAAAGUAGUUGAAGAUGGCACUCCAACCGUCAAAAAUGGUUCUGCAUGGUAGCUCAUUGGAAGCUCAUUCAUCCUAGCUACUUUCACAUUGGUGGCAUUUUGCAGCAAUUCUUGUCCCAGACUUACCUGUUCACUCCAAUUCACAUUGCAGCUUGGAAGCCUUGGAUAGGUGAAUUUUUCAUAAAUCCUAGACCUGAGCUUAAAAGACACUAGUUACAUCAUUUUAUAGUAACUUUGUACCGAUGAAAAUGUCAAAUUACCAGAUUGCCCUUUUGAACUUGGGUUCUGAGUGUUGAACUCCACUCAAGUUAAGUAUACAAGGGCUGGUUAAGGGGAAGAAAAGAAUAAAAUUGUAUAAUUAUUGUAAGACAUCAUGUUACAAUUGCAAAAAGAAACAAUUUGUACCUAU